CUUUUUGGUCUCGUAUUAAAAAACAAAAGAUGCAGAAUUCUAAGGCUAAAUAGCUAGAAAAUAUUUAUUCAAACUUGAAUGUUCUUCAAAGAGAGUAUAGAGUAAUUAUAAUUAUCAGAGGAAGAAAUGUCACCGGGACAUAGAAGCCAAAUGAUUUCCUCCAGAGUCCUCCUUUUGGCUGCUUUGAUUUCGACUGCACUGGCUGGACCAUGGGCUAAUAUAUGUGCUGGCAAGUCUUCCAAUGAGAUCAGGACGUGCGACAGCCUCGGCUGCGGCCAGUACACUGCUCACAGAAAUCAUAGGCCUCACCAGGGUGUGGAUGUCUUGUGCUCUGAUGGAUCUACUGUGUUUGCACCUUUCAGUGGAAUGAUUGUGGGCCAGGAGAAACCUUAUAAAAACAAAAAUGCCAUCAAUAAUGGUGUUCGGAUAUCUGGAAGAGGUUUCUGUAUUAAAAUGUUCUACAUUAAGCCAAUUAAAUAUAAAGGUUCUAUCAAGAAGGGAGAAAAACUGGGAACUCUACUGCCCUUGCAGAGAGUUUAUCCUGGCAUACAAUCCCACGUACAUAUUGAAAACUGUGACUUGAGUGAUCCCACCGGAUAUCUAUAAAUGGAAGGCAAAUGACUAGAUC